GUGCUGUGGGAGAAGUGGAAACUGAUACGGCCUGUGAGCGCUCUCAGGUGGGCAGGCACGGCCUGGGAAUGAGCAUCGGCUUCGGCGGCGGACCUCGGGGAAAGGAGCCUGCGGCGAGAGACAGAGGGAACGGGUAAUGUUACAGGCCGGCAAAGAGGGCCUCGGCUUAGGCUUUUUGAAGGGGCAGGAGAGUCGGGGGUCUGAGAAAACGGCCACGAAGAGAAUUUCUAGGAGCAAUUCUUAAGAAAAAUGUUCGAAUAAUUAUUACCCAAUUGAAGUAAAUGUCUUGAUGAAGCCCAAUUGAAGGAAUUAUUCUGAAAUAAACCCGCAGAGACCAUAGGAAUAUCCUGGAAGAAACCUUGCACUGGAAAACACUCAGAAAUGAAUCCUACGUCGGAAUAAAGGCUAUAACGAAGAAGCUGAAGGGAACAAAAUGGAAUGGGUUGACUAGCACAGACCGCAGGGAGACUGGUGAUUGCGUUGCAUAGGAACCAGAGAAGGUAAAGCGAACCUGACGGAACAGCCAGCAAGGAAAAGACCUAAUACUGUAGGACAGGAAAGUUUAAAAAAAAUUAGACUAAGAAAAGGUUGUAAAGAGUAUAAUUUCGUAAUGUAAUAUAGAAAUGUGACUGAAUUGGGGGCAGGAAUAAGAAUUUAAGCAAAAGAAUGCACGGAGGUAAGCAAGCAGCUUGAUGUGGGAAGUACUGAGUUACAGAACGGUAAAGAUUCUAUUAUGCAGAUGGAAUGAAAGAUUUUAAGGAAUAGAUUCUGAGUUUAAUAACUCAUUGAUACAAAGGGAAAUUUCCGAAUUAAAAUGUGAAAAACUAUUGAAACAAAUAGAGGAUAUUCCGCACUACUACAACGGGAAGGGAUGCAGAGAUUUUCUUACAUUUAUUGAUGUACGACCUCUCUAGAAGGGGCAGCAGCUACUGUAAUGAACAAAGACGUGUGCAUCCAUUCGUGGCCUGGUUCUUACUAUCUACAGAGUGAGAAGCGAUGGGUUUAUGGGAAGCUCUCACUCACACCGUACCAGUUGGCUUUCACAUCUGACAAAGAAGGGAUCACUCUGAUCAGCUUCAAACUCUCUGGCAUCACUGGCAUCAAAAAGGAAACAUCCAGCUUCAUAUUCAGCUCGCUAACUGUAGUGGUAGGUGAUGGUGAGAAGCACUGGUUUAGUUCACUUCAACCCAACCGAACGGUGGUGUUCAAUGUUCUUGAGCAUUUCUGGCGAGCACAGCUGCUCUCAUCAGGAGGAGAAGAGGUGGAGGCUGACAUCAGGCCCAUGUCAAAGGGCAGGGAGUUGAUCAACCUGGCGUCCAGUUCUCAGCAACGCUUGGGAGACACAGCCAAAGUGCUGCAUCAUCAGGGUGAACAAUUUGAUCGCAUCAUGAAUGGGCUAGACAAGAUCGAGUCAGAUUUGGAUGUAGCAAACAGACUAUUAACUGAGCUGGAGUCUCCACCGUGGUGGCCUUUCAGCAGUCGCCUCCGAAAGACUCAACAGGAAGGGAAGGAUAAGCCAGAAUCUCUGCCUUCUUCACAGGCUUUCGGAAAGGAUGGCUUGAUAUUAAAAAUCCCCAUCCUUUACUCCCAGGGUCCAGACGCCAACCUAAAACAGGGUACACUCUCAGUUCUUUGCUCAGGUUUGGAAAUUAAGGAUACAAAUGAGCAGCUUGUGCACAAGUACCGGCGGGAAGAUGUUGACGAUAUUAAAGUGCAGAGUCCUUAUGAGAUCAUUGUGCGCCAGAGGUUUAUCGGGAAGCCUGACAUCUCGUUUACAUUGCAGUCUGCAAGGAUGACUGAUGUGAUUUCCAUUGUAGAGAUCCAAUAUGCCAAAAAAGUGCAAUUUAAAGAGGACCUAUUAGGACUCUUCAGACCAGAGGAUUCUUCUGUUUCAGAGAACCUUGGCAUGGGCACCUCCUUAUGGAAUGCAGCAACUGGCUUCUUGGAUAGGGUAAUGCAUCCUGCCUCAGCAAGUGGUGGACAAAUGUCCCAACAGGUGUGUGAGCAGACAGUCUCAGAGGCUGAAGCUCAAGAGCUGAGACAGAUUCUACGGAAGCUGAAGAGUAUUGCAUUGGACACAGAGGCUGAGCUGGAACGCCAGAAUGAAGUGCUGGAUGUCAUAGGUUCUUCAACAGACCAAGCAACAUCCCGGAUAAACACCAGUCACAGACGAAUACGGAAACUUUUGUAGGAGUUAAGUGACCAACUGGUAUUGUGACCUUCUCCAUCAGAAUUUCAACAUAUGGAAAGAAUGCUUCAGGAUGGCAAUCAGUGGUGUGCUGAGUACCAACUAUGUUCACCCAGUUCCUAAGGUCAUGUUCCAACUGUAACUGGCACAGGACUGUUAACAAAUUCAUGUAAACUGUUGCCACAGUCUUUGGCCUCUGUGAUGUUCUGUAGUCUUGCCUUCAAGAGGUCUCACCACUGACACAUCAAUAUCCAAAGAGAAUGCCAGAAAAAUGCUCAUUAGUUUAAUAGUCACUUUAUAAGACUAGCUAAAACGAUGUGAAAGCUUUCAAUAUAUUUACAAAUGCAGAUACUGUCUGUCACUUGCAAAAUGUAGUUUGUUUAGAAUCAUGGGUGUAAGUAUCUUUUUAAGACUGAUUUUUUUCCCCUAAAAAUAGAUAGAAGUGUUCCUUGAGAUAGUUUACCUGUCUGCAUGCAAGUUUACAGUUGACACUCCAUGGGUGUGGGCGUGUCCUGCAGUUAAACGCUCAAAGUGUACUGCCAUGGUGUUGCUUUCUUCUUGGGUUUUAGCUGGUCUAUCUCGCCCUCCACGCUUCAGAAGAAUGUACCAAUAAUUGCACUAGGCCGUGCCAUGCUUGACUGAAUCAUCAGGGCAGUAACAAAUCAGUGAUCAGGAGCGUGGACAUUUAUCAUUUAGUGGAGGAAAGAUGGAAGAUUUGAACAUAAUUAGGUGUAUUUGAGAGGGAAAAAUGGUAAUCAGCUUUGAGAUGUAGAAGUAUUGGGACAGGACCUUAAAUAUAUUGUUAGGUCAGAUUUGAGAGCCGUAUUUUUUGCAAGAUUUAACAGCUCGCACAUAGGUUGGAUUCCAUCUUGGCUACACUGGUGGAUGUAAUUAGUCCCUGUCUAGCUUGCCAUUCUCCACAAACGAAAAAACAAAUCAAUCUGUUAUCUAACCAGACCUGUAAGCUUGAUGAAGUCUCAAUAGCUAACUGAAAAUGUAAUACAAAAGUUAACAUAAUGUCAGUGGGAUUUUGAUAAAUGGACAGUGUCUGAUGACAUGCACUCUAUGAACUUGUAUUUUGCUUGUUCUGGGGGGGGGGGGUGGUGAGAAUAAAGUACAAUUACUGAUUGUACAAUGUUGACAGAGCACUGAUUACAAUUCUGCAGUGUCAUUGAUAACUACUAGUGAAGCAACUUUUAAAGAAUUAAGUAUAUUUUCCAAUGCAUUGAAAAAGAAUUAAGACUCCAAGUAUCUAGUGUUUUGAUGCCAAUAUGCUAAAUAAACAUUGUAGUAUUUAAUUAGUAUUCUUAUGACUAGUGUCAAAGCUGUAUCAACCUUUGAUUCUAGCAAUUUCUCAAAAUUAGCUUGAAUGUUUUUAUGGUGAUUAACUGGAAUUUUGGCCAGUUACUGAGCUUUUUCUUUAUGUGAGUUGGUAAUCCUUUAGCAUUCCUAUUUCUACAGCUUGUUAGCUGCAAAUGUAUUUAAGAGGAUGAUGCAUGAAUUUAGGGAGUUUUUACUUGAUUGGAAUCCAUACAAGAUUUAGCAAAGCAAGCAUAAUACCCAUAUUCCAGUAUAAAGCAAUGUUAGUUACUAUAUUCUCCCUUUGAUAAUAAUUAACAGUAGAACUUUUUGUACGUAGUCAGCACUGAAAAUGCAUGCAGCUUUGCUUCAAGGAUAGGAAAAAAAACAGAAUUAAUAGACUGGUGAACCAUUCGGUUCUUGAUAAAAUCACAAAUAUAUUUUGCACUUUAGUUAGUAUAAACUAGCCACUUUGGAGACUAAAAGUCAUAUACCUUGGCAUGCAAUAUUUUAUAGAAACUUUGGAAUAAUUUUAAUCUUUCAUAACCACUGACUGCAUUGUUGAUAUAAAUUAUAAUGCACAAUAAAAAAGUGAGAAAAUUGUGCAACAUUCAUAUUCCCCAACAAUGGAAUAUGUGUUGGGCUACGUUUGCUGUAAUUUUGGUAGGGGAGUUGACUGAAGUGACCCCCACUUCCAUAUCGAGCAGAGGAAUGAAGCACUUUAAAUAAUUGAUAUUUGAUAUAAUUGUUUACCUAUUUGCUGCGUACCCAUAUACAGCAUCGUGCCAAGGCUGUUCUUAAAUGCUAAUGACCAGACUGUUAAGUGCAGGAGGAGGAUCAAUUGUUUCUGCUGACCCCACCCUACUCACAAGCUGUAGGAGGAGAAACAAGUGAGGAGAGGAGUUGGGGAUGAAAUUAGAGGUGAUUUUGAAGCCCUUGCCAUUUGUGCUUUUAGAUACACCCCCCCCCCCACCAUAACGUGUAUAUUUUCAACCUAAGUGCUAGGUGGACUUCAAUAGAUAGGUCAAACAGUAGACAGUGGAGAUUUAAGGUUUGGGGAAAAUGAUGCAAAGGGAUAAGUGGAAGAACUUUUUCAAGUGAUAAUGACCUGAACACUUACUGUAAGAAUUUGGAUUUACACUUAUGGGAAAUAAACAUGCCUGAGCUGCUUGUGUUUCCGAUCUAACAGCCCUUAGUUAUAAGUAUCCAGUUCUUGAUCCUUUGUUAUUUCGCCAUAAGCUCCCAUGCUUCAUCACUCACUAUCUGGUUACACCUCCUGUCCAGAGACCUAGUUAUCUGGCUUGGGACUCUCAAGUCUGUAGGCCCUGGAUAACUGGCUGUGGCUGUCCAGUCCAUAAUCCUAUGCUUUCCAGCUAUGUUGUAUGUCGUCUUGCAAUUUGAGGCAGUACUAUAAAUCGAGUCAAGUCUAACUUGAGUGGAUAUUGGAUUUUGUUAAUUACAAAAACAAAUUAGUCUUUCAGUUAGCUUCAAAAAGAUUGAUUUUAUGCAUUUUCCUUUUCAGUGUUUUAAUUUCUAAUUCUUCUGACCCAGCUAUGUAGCUCACAAAAUAAAAAUUCGGAUACCCCUGACUUGUACUCCAUGCUUAUGAAAAGAGCCCCACCAGACUGAUGGAGGAUGUAGAAUUCUUGCCAGAUGGGGUCAUUCUGCAAAUUAUAGCACUGAUUUUAAAAUGGAAUUAUACAUGUCCUUUGUUCGUGCGGUCUUUAAGAUCAACAGUUGAUUACAGUGAUGGAGUAGAGUUUCAAGCACUUUCAGGGUAAUUGUCUACAGACUCUUUAGUGAAAGGGUUUGUAAAGGAAAACAGGAAUUAUUAAAUCUGUGCUAUAUUUCUGAUUUACUGUACGAAAGUCUACAAUUUCUCAAUGUCAUGUUUACAUUGUAUAUUAAUUACUGAAAUAUAUCUGCAAACCACAUUACAGAGGCUGCUUUGAAAGUUUUUGAAUGUGUUUAUUACAGCUCCCUUGCCCAUGUGUUUACACAGUUUUUGUCUGUUAUGUUCUGGGUUCCAUAGCAACAGGGUACAGCUGGAGGUGACUGACUGCAUCUCUGACUCGAGAACACAGAAAUAGUUCAAAGAUUUAUUAGUUAGUCCCAAAGGUGGCUUCAGCCCUCCCAUUGCGAGCUCCAAACAUUCUCUCUCAAACUUGGUCCCAUAGGUGUCGAUUGUUUCUCUCACAGAAUGUAAGCUCAAUUCUCCCCCCCCCCCCCCCCCCCAUCGUCCUAUUUAUAAGAUUGGCGUAUAUUGCCCAUGCCUUGCUGUUUUUGGAUGUUGAUGGGUCAUUGCUGUGAAGCACAGUAACAGUUUCAUACAACUGUUGGCAACCUCGUCUUCCCCCCACCCCCCAAAACAUGAGGGUGACCUUUGUCAGUGUUGGAUUCAAUUUGUGCAUAGGCCAUGUGAGUAUGGCCAGCAUGUUUCACUUAUGUCCUCGCUGUGAAGGAAUUUGUUAAGUUUUUUUUCCCUCCAUGUGCUGUUUUGAAACUGAAUAUGAAUUUUCAAAACAAAAUGACAGUAUGUGAACUUGAGAGCUUAAAAUAUUCAGAGCUACACUAACCCUCCUGUUACUUUGUUCCCUUAAUAUUGAUUCGUGAGCACAGGGACUGGAUAACCAGUCCAGUAUUAUCACCACAGCACUGAUUUUUGAUCCGUUUGUAGAAGACACAAAUGAAAAAUCACCAUGUGCUCCUCGGUCAGUAUCUCCAGUAUCAAAGUCACUAACUGUGCUCAACAAAUUCCUAUUGGCAGGCCACAUUUUCUACAUGACCAGCACCUUAUUGCCUUAUCAGUUUACUCCAAGCUCUUCCAAGGCAAGAGAAUACAGGAGAAAACAUGUCGAGGUAUUUCUCAAACCCUCAUCUCUCUUGACUUCCGGCUCCAAGGAAAACAGUUGCAGUCCAUAAGACUAUAAGACAUGAGAGCAGAAUUAGGCCAUUUGGCCCAUCGCGUCUGCUCUGCUAUUCAGUCGUGGCUGAUCCCUUUCUCCCCUCCUCAGCCCCAUACCCCAGCCUUCUCCCCAUAACUUGUGAUGCCAUAUCCAAUCAAGAACCUAUCAAGCUCUGCUUUAAAUACACCCAAAGAUCUGGUCUCCACAGCUGCCUGUGGUAACAAUCUCCACAAAUUCACCACCCACUCGUCAAAGAAAUUUUUUCGCUUAUGUUUUAAAUGGACACCCCUCUAUCCUGAGGCUGUGCCCUCUUGUCCUAGACUCCCCCCACCAUGGGAAACCUCCUUUCCACAUCUACUCUGUCUAGGCCUUUCAAUAUUCAAAACGUUUCAAUGAGACUCACCCCCCCCCCCCCCCUUCAAUCCUUCUAAAUUACAGUGAGUACAGACCUAGACCGUCAAAUGUUCCUCGUAUGAUAACCCUUUCAUUCCCGGAAUCAUCAUGAACUUCCUCUGAAGCUUCUCCAGUGUUAGCACAUCCUUCUGAGAUGAAGAGCCCAAAACUGUUCAUAAUACUCAAGAAGAGGCUUCACCAGUGCCUGACAAAGCCUCAGCAUCACAUUCCUGCUCUUGUAUUCUAGACUUUUGGAAAUGAUUGCUAACAUUGUAUUUGCCUUCCUUAGCACUGACUCAACCAGCAAGUUAACCUUUAGGGUGUUCUGCAGAAGGACUCCCGAGUCCAGUUGCAUGUCAGAUUUUUGGAUUUUCUCCCAGUUUAGAAAAAAAUCUGUGCAUUUACUUCGACUAGCAAAGUCCAUGACCGUGCAUUUUCCAACAUUGUAUUUCAUUUGCCAUUUCCUUCCUCUAAUCUGUAAAAGUCCUUCUGCAGCUUACCCGUUCCCUCAACACCACCUGGCCCUCCACCAAUCUUCGUAUCCUCUUCAAACUUGGCAACAAAGGCACCUAUUCCAUCUUCUAAAUCAUUGAUGUUCAGCAUAAAAAGAAGUGGUCCGAACACCAACCCCUGCAGAACACCACUAGUCACUGACCUGUCCUCAAUUGUAACAUUCCUCCUCCAGCUCUAUCAGAUCCUUAGCUGAUUGAGAUAUAUAAACUUAUGAGAGAUAUACUUAGGGUUGAGUGGAGAAAAGUUACCCCCAGUUCUGUGUUUUGAAUGAUUCUGCCUCCACAGCCAUCUUGGGUAGAAAGUUCUGAAGGUUCAGCAUGCUCUGAGUAAAGAAAUUUAUCCACCUCAUUUAUUGAGGACUUGCCCUUUAUUCACCUUCCUCUUAAGCCCCUAGCCCUUGAUUCUUCAUCUUGGGGAAGCAUCUUCCCUUAGCCUGCAAAGCUCUAAGAAUUUUGUAUCUUUUUAAUCAGGUCUCUCCUCUUGCAAAAAAGAUCACGGUAUUCUCUGCCCCCUUAAUUGCUUGCUGCACUAACUUGGUGGUUUUAAACAACAUUAAUACUUACUGAUCUCUCAUCAUUUCAUGAAUACUCUUCUGUUGUGUGCAUCAUGUCAGGUUACAAAAUGAAAUUGGGCAUUGCUGACAACAGCGUAUCGCUUCCUGAUGAACUUAAUGUAUUCUGUCUCGUUAUGAUCUUGCACUUUUACAUGCACUGCACUUUUUCAGUAACUUUUACAUUUUAUUCUGCAUUUUUAUUAUUGUUUUACCUUAUUCUACUCAAUGCACUGUGCACUGAUUUGAUUUGUAAAAACAGUAUGCAAGACAGGGUUUUCACUGUAUCUUGUUACAUUUGACAGCAAUAAAUCAAUAAAAUACCUGCUUACAGUUCCACCUAGUUUAGUGUUGUCAGAGAUGAAGG